CUGGGUUCAGUAUGCUUCCAUGGCAACAACAGUAAACAAUGCGUAGUCUGAGUGAUAUAAAGUUCACUUUUGUCCUUUAUCGGAGACACAAAGUAACUGUUUAUAAUUGUCUUUGAAUGCGUGAAGUUAUCGAUAUGGAGUCACAAAGUGACAACAUACCCAGUACCUCUGGCAACCGAAGAAGAUCGAGCGCGACUGCGGAGGCUGUGAAGCGCAUGUGUCCGCAGCAGCGGGCCCGGUACCUGGCCUACGAGGAGCCGCCCAAAGAGGCCAAGACCUGGAUGGCGAAGUCUCGGCAACGGGUAUCCGCCUGGCAGUCCACUGCUGACGGGGAAAAGUGGUGGACACAUGUCGGUCGAUAUCACUGCGACGAAGCGGACGAGGCGGAGAAAAGAAGGCAGGAUCUGGUCAUAGGGCAACUGAAAGCCGCGGAAGCCAGGAAUAGACUUCGACAGAUGAGAUUGCAAUAUCAAAAUCUGAAGGCCAAAGAAAUCAACCUCAUGAUUUCGGGCCAGUCCAAUGCUCAAACAGCCCUUCGUCUGGAGCUACUGCUGGCAACAGGGCAAAGCAACACACACACCAAUGACUGUCUGGACAAACUGCAGCUCGGCAGCUGGGAAUGGGAACAACUUUCCUCCCCACAGACCGACCUGAGACACUUUGGAAAAUGCGGAGAAAACGAGUCGAGGAGAUCCUAGAAGAUGAGAAAGGACUGACCAUAUACCGCACUUGAGAUCUGCUGUGCUUUGAAGUAAAAAGGGUUGCCAGGCAGCCUCACAGUGACUCAUUUUGACAUAGUUAUUAGGUGACCAGCAUCUGUUGGUGGAAAGGAUUGCUGUGACAGGGAUAGGAAGCCAAGAUGGAGUCUUGCUGCCCUCUGGUGGUUGCAGUGUGCAAUCACAGCACAGGACUGAGGAUUUCCCUGAAGCUGGAGUAGAUUCCUGUUUUACAGCAAUUGUUCAAGCAAAUAAAAACUUAAAAAAUAAUCUGUUAUUGUAAUCUGUAAUUUUGAGUUCAGUAGUUGUAUUGGAAGGGUUAGAGGUUCCAUUGCAUUUGUUGCAUAUAUCUCUGUAGCUAUGACCCUUGCUGUCUUGGACUCUCAUAGACUUAGAUUAGAAUGUCCUGUGCUGACUCCCCAUACAACUGCCUUCCCAGAAUUCCCCUUGUGGUAAAUCCUUA